AUGUCUUCGGCGCCGAGAUGGAUGUGGAAAUGGGAAUUGAUAGUGGUACUGUGGUAUUCUGUGCGAUGUAUCACCGGCGCGGCCACGGCUUUGAGUGUCACUCCAUCGACAAAUUGGUUCGGUGACGAUGGGACGUGGUCUGCAAUAUCAAUACGUGUCGGAACGCCGCCGCAAUGGGUCGAUGUUAUGGUCAAUACCGUGAGCUCGGAAACUUGGGUGGUUGGUCCUGCAGGAUGCGUAGACAAUAAUGCGCUAUGUAUAUCCAGCAGAGGAGAGAUAUUCGAUAUGAAAAAGUCAUCGACAUGGCAAGACGAGGGGUUUUUCAAUUUAGGGAUCGAUUCUCGAUUUGGAGGCUCUGCGUACGCAAAUUACGGCCUCGAUGAUUUAGCAUUCGGUUCUACAGGAGUCGUUUUGCCCUCGGCCAUUAUAGGAUCGAUAAAUGCCACGUCUUUCUUGCUUGGAAUGUUUGGUCUGGGAGUUGUUCCGGGGAAUUUCAAAAACAUCACUUCGCUCCCUGCUAUUAGUGGCCUUGUGGAAAAGAAUGGUGCUAUUCCGAGUCACAGUUAUGGAUACACGGCAGGAGCAACCUAUCAACAAAAAGGGGUUCCAAACUCUUUGACCCUUGGGGGGUUUGAUGCAAAUAGAUUCGUUCCCCACAACGUAUCAUUCAAUCUGAAUCCAAGUCAGAAUCCUCAGGCGUCUAUUAGCUACAUCUCAGUGGUCUCUGCCGGAUCUUCCAAUAACUGGACCUCUCCCGUGCAAUUACUAUCCGCAGCAGAUCGAGUUUCGGCCAUCAUUGACAGCACCACCCCCUAUCUAUGGCUUCCUCCGUCGGUCUGCGAUCGUUUUGCUCAGACUUUAGGCUUAAGUUACAACAGCAGUUUAGAGCUUUAUACCUUUGAUGGAAAUUCUUCCCAACACGACGUGCUUCAAAAGUCGCAAUUGAGUUUUACAUUCAGUCUCUCCGAUAUUUCAGCAUCGCCAGAAGCUGUCAACAUCACUUUACCUUAUGCAGCUUUCGACCUAAAGCUUACAUUUCCAUUUCCCGCUCUUAACACGACUUAUGGGGCUCCUGACUCUUCCAAGAAUUACUUCCCCUUGAAGCGAGCAGUAAAUGAGGCGCAAUAUACAAUUGGCCGAGCAUUUCUCCAAGAGGCCUACCUCAUCACAGACUACGAGCGGAAUAAAUUUUCCAUACACCAGGCCAUCCACACAACGAAUCCGAUUGGAGACACAAACAUAGUAGCUAUCACUCGCCCGUCCGACAGCUCAUUCUCCAGUCCCAAAGUAGACGAGAAGUCAAGCUCCAAAUUAGCCACAGGCGCCAUUGUUGGGAUUGCCAUCGGAUCUUGUGCUGCCAUUGCUCUGGCAACUAUUCUUGCCUUCUACUUCCGCCACCAAAAGCAAGCCAAAGCCAAAGCCGCCGCCGCCGAUGACGAGAAACCAGAAGCUCCACAGCCAAAAUCCUUCCUGGAUCGAUUCCGUCGCCGCCGUCCUACUCCACCAGCUAAUGAAGUCGUCGGCUGCACCGAUUACCCAACUGAAGUGGGCGCUGACGCAACUCAUGAGCGAUUCGAACUUCCCGCGCCUCUAGGUCCUGCAGAACUAGACAGUGAUGCCGGUACCCUUGAUGGAACGACCGAAAAUGGUUCCGUGGCUACAGAUUCGAACAUGUCUAUGUACGAGCGAGCAAGAAGGAAGAUCGAGCGUCAACAAGCUGCAGCGGCCCGACUCGAAGCUACACACGAGACCUAUCCCAUAGAGAAGACCGAGAAUGAUACCUCACCCGUAACGCACUAUCGACCUCAUGAUUCCGACACUCUAAACACUCAAAGCCCGCUUGUCUCUCCGAUGGCGGAAUCGCACGGUUCAUUAACAGUCGGUGGUCAGCCUUCACCCCUCUCCCCAUGCUUUGUAUCAGCACCCACGACGCCCAUCUCCCCCACCAGUCCGCCUCCUACAUAUCGCAGAAUCAGUCCGGGUAAUGUAGUGUAUGCGGGACGACUCCCGGAUAAUGUGCAGCUGCCGCGGGUGGUACCACGGAUCAUUGGCCCGGAUGGACGGACGGUCAACGCGGAGCAGAACCCAGUGAGCCCAGAGCCCGGAACAGAGACGACAAGCACUCUAGGAAGCCAAUUUACAGAGAAUGAAGUCAUGACGAGAGAUGAUUUAUAUGAGGAUGCGACGCAGAGCCCUGGAGGAACGCCCUAUAGUCCCGUUUCUAGCCGGAGCGCUGAUGGCAGCGCUCACGGGAGUGCCAGCAUCAGCGCUCCCACCACUACCACCGGCAGCAGCAGCAACGCAAGCCAGCCGCCGAUCAAUAUCCGCGGCGGGGGUGGCGGAUCUGACACAGGGAUCGUUCGUGAAGAAGACGAUUCCAAAUUCCUCCGCCAGGAUGUAGAGGGAUUGCGCGCCGACAUCCAGACCCGCGAGGUACUCAAUCCAUAUGCACGAAGGAACCGUCUCCAGGGCGAAGACGACCUAGUUCAUGUUCCGCAACCGGCAGAACAUAGGUUCAGCUGGGAGGAAGAGAGAAUCUCGGGAACUGAUGAGUCCGGGACGAGAUAA